UUUCCGAGUCGCUAGUAUGUAAAUUGUAAAUACCUUUUUACGUUCAAGUUUCAACUUUGUUUAUUUUGCAAUUUGGAUGUAGGUACAUAAAAUUUUCCUUGUUCUAACUUUAUUAAACUAGCUUAUUCACAGCGUAAAUAUUAAAUUAUAUUAAAUCUUAAAAUGGUUGAUAGAAGUAAGCUUAUUAAGGCCGUGGUUCAAGGGAAACCAAUAUGCAUUUUUUGUUUAAGUCAAGAUAUCAGUGAUGAAACUGAAUAUCAUAUUGAUGAUGAAAUUGUUGUCGAUCAGGAGGACUCUCAGUGUUCAAUAGUAUUUUGGGAUCUUUUGAAAGUUACUUUAGGUGAAGAAAUAACUAAUAGAUUAACUCAGCGAGAUACAAUUUGUUUAAAAUGUGCACAAUCUUCUGUGCAGAGCUACAACUUCGUUACAAACACUAAGACAAACAUUACAAAACUUGAAAAAUUACUCGACAUUAUUAACAACAGUCUAGAAACCAAAUCUUCAAAUGGUAAUAACUCCAUUAUUAUAUCACUGGAUCCAUAUUUAAACAUACAGACAUUAAUUGAAAAGCAUAAUUUAUCAAAUCAGAUGAGUGCUUUACAAAAACUCCAGCCAGAGAUCAAGAAAGAGUACAGUCACAAUACAGACAACUCAGAUAUAAAUAAGAUAAAAUCAAGUUACCCCAUGAAAACCAUAGAUAUGGUGUAUGACAAAAAUGACACACAGAAUAUAAAAUGUAAGCAGUGCUUAAAAAACUAUCCGUCAUUAGCUAAUUUACGAAAUCACUACAUAAGAGUACAUGCACCAAAAACUUUUACCUGCCUCACUUGUAAAAAGAGUUUUGGAACAAAGUCAAUACUAGAAGCACAUCAAAAUGAAAGCCAUGUUACUGUAAUCUGUGCAGAAUGUGGUAAAACAUUUAAAAAUCGUCACACAUUAAAAAUGCAUGAGAUAAGCCAUUACUAUAAAGUUAUCUGCAAGGAUUGUGGCAGGGUCUACAGAAGUCAUACAACAUACAAAAGGCACAUUGACCUUAAUAUAUGUGGGCAGAAGUCACGAGCCUCACCAUCAGAUGCAAAGCUUACAUGUGACUACUGCAAUAAGAAGUAUACACAGAAGGUUAGCUUACGAGUACACAUUCAACAUGAACAUGGUAAUUAUAGAUCCCAUAAAUGUGAAUGGUGUCAGAAGAAAUUCUGGGCACCCAGUCGAUUAAAAGCUCACAUAGUGAAACAUACUCAAGAUAAGCAGUUUCAAUGCACAAUUUGUAGCAAUAGAUUUGUAACCAAGGAAUCUUUACUUUACCAUACCCGUUCACAUACUGGGGAGAAACCAUACAAAUGUAACUUCUGUGAUAUGAAGUUUGUAUCUGCUUCACGAAAGGCUGAUCACACAAAACGUAUUCACCUGAAUGCUGUAUACCAAUGUUCAAUAUGUAAAAUAAAGUAUACUACCAAGAUUUGCUUAGAAAAACACUUGCAGACACAUAAAAAAAGUGACACAGAUGUGUUCAAAUACAUAGAGCAUUAGUGCUCUACCUAUACAAGACAUUGGCUAAAUUGUGAUGGACAAAACCACAUAGCCAGCACCAAAUGCACAUAAAAUCAUGCAUAUGUGUUAUAGAUGAGUCUGGAAUGCAAAUGUUUCAUGACAGUAAAUUUAAGAGAUAUACUCAGUAUUCCAUCAACCUACUGGUUCCAUUGUGUGGCAGAAAACAGAGUAAAUCUAUUUAUAAAUAUUUUCAGUAUUCUGUAAAUGCAAGUAAUCAGAAGAACAUUAUAAUUAUUAACUUUCUAAAUAAAACUAUCCUGUAUUAUUAUUUAA